AUGGCGGUAGACCACUCAUUUCGGACCGUAUUCGCGGUACCAUUGUCUUGUAAUGGCUGUGUCAAGGCAGUUUCAGACUCAAUUCACAAACUCGGAGGUGUGAGCAAGGUCGAAGCAAAUUUAGAGGAUCAAUUAAUAUCCGUCGAAGGCUUUGCCGCACCAUCGGCCAUUGUUGAAGCAGUUCAGGCAACAGGGAGAGAUGCGAUCCUUCGCGGAUCCGGCGCAUCUGACAGUGCUGCCGUUAGCAUCCUUGAAACAUUCACAGGGAAGUCGCAGAAGGAGAGUUCUGAUGGAGACCGAGGAGUGAGAGGAUUGGCGAGGAUGGUGCAGGUCAGUUCUGGAAGCACUCUUGUUGACCUUACCGUCCGAGGGCUCGCGCCAGGGACGUAUCGUGCCACGAUACGCCAAUAUGGGGAUAUCAAAGAUGGUGUCGAGUCGACAGGACCUGUCUGGUCGGGAGGCCAAUCUGGAGGCAGUGGUGUCUUGGGCGAGAUUGAUGUUGGUCAAAAUGGACGAGGUGCUGCCUUUGUUGACCAUCCGUUUCGGAUUUGGCAGGUGAUUGGCCAUGCCAUGGUUCUAACGCGACAAGAUGAGACUGCUGGGCCUCUCGAAAAUGAUGACAACACUGUGGUUGGAGUCAUCGCCCGAAGCGCGGGUGUAUGGGAUAACGACAAGACGGUAUGCUCCUGUACUGGAAAGACACUAUGGGAGGAAAGGAGGGAUGAAGUUCGGAAGGGCAUGCUGUAG